UGAAUAUCGUAGGCGAGGGGCGACUUUUAACCUGCUUAAUCACUGGGUGAUAUCAUUGUUGCUGACAAAAACUAUAAUAAAUAUGUAACAAGGUUUAUUCCAAAGCACAGUAUUGUGACAGAGAAACACAGAGGACAGCUGUGCUCCCCACCAAAGACUAAACAUGUCUAAUUCUGCCCUCGAUGAAUUUUGUGGUUCUACUUUCUGGAAUUCCUCACUCCUGGAACGGUCAGAUCCGGAUCUAACAAUUUGCUUUGAACAGACUGUGCUAGUCUGGAUUCCACUUCUUUUCUUUUGGAUAUUUGUCCCCUGGCAGCUCCGUCACUUGUGCAAACCCCAGACUGCAAAAUCACCUCUUACCACACUCUAUCUGAUUAAGCAAUGCCUGGUGCUAUUACUCUUCUUGAAUUCGAUAGCAGAGAUAGGGAUCGUGGUGGCAGAUCAUGUAAAAGCCCAGUCGGAUUCUUCUGCACAAACCAUCCCUGCUGUCCUAUAUACCAAUCCAUCUCUUCAUGCCGUCACGUGGCUUGCAGUUUUUUUAAUUCAUUAUACCCGUCUAUACUGUACAAGAAAGGAUUCCGGCAGUCUCUAUAUCUUCUGGACUCUCUCGAUUAUUUGUGGAGUAUUUCCAUUUCAGACUUUAAUUCGGAAAGCUUUACAGGGAGACAUUACUGAUCUUCCCCGUGUGUGUUUGUUUUUCAUCUCCUAUGGGUUACAAUUACUUAUACUGAUUGUCUCAGCCAUUUCAGAAAAAAAUGAGAUGACCAAAAAGAAUCCUGAGCUGACUGCUUCAUUUCUGAGUAGAAUAACCUUCAGCUGGUAUGACAGAGCUGUUAUAAACGGGUAUAAAAAGCCCCUGGAGAUGGAAGAUCUGUGGGAAUUAAAUACAGAAGAUAAAACUAAAAACAUUUAUGAUGUGUUUGAGAAGCACAAGAAGAGAGAGGUGAACAUAGCAAAAAAAGAGCUGGAGAAACGAAGAAAUAAGAGAAAAAGCAAAGAAACCAACAUCCAAAUGAACGGCCUGAGUAACGCACACAGUCAGGAUGUUCUUGUGAUGGAAGAAAAGAAAGAGAGAAAAAAGAAAAAGGAAUCUGUAAAAGGGACCUCUAAGGAUUUUCCAAAAUCGUGGCUAAUUAAAACUCUACUGAAAACAUUUUCGCCUAUAUUGAUCCAUUCUGCUGCUUUUAAACUUCUCCAUGAUUUGCUGGUGUUUGUGAAUCCACAGAUUCUAAAAUUGAUGAUCUCAUUCACAGCUAAUACUGGGGAAUAUCAGUGGAAAGGGUUUUUCUAUGCUGUUCUGUUGCUUGUUACAGCUGUACUCCAGUCAUUCUGCCUUCAGCAAUAUUUCCAAAGCUGUUUUGUUCUUGGGAUGAGGGUUCGUACAACUCUCAUGGCUGCCGUGUAUAAAAAAGCACUGACUGUCUCAAAUUCUACGCGGAAGGAGUCUACAGUAGGAGAGACUGUAAACCUGAUGUCCGCUGAUGCUCAGAGGUUCAUGGAUCUAACUAAUUUCAUUCACCUCCUGUGGUCAUCCCCUUUACAAAUUGUGAUUUCUUUAGUUUUUCUCUGGGCUGAGUUGGGUCCGUCUGUCCUGGCUGGACUGGCAGUCAUGAUCUUGCUUAUACCUAUCAAUGCUGUCUUAGCCACCAAAUCCAAGACAUUCCAGAUGAGAAAUAUGAAGAACAAAGACAAGCGUAUGAAAAUUAUGGGUGAAAUUCUUAGUGGAAUAAAGAUAUUAAAGCUGUAUGCCUGGGAGCCAUCAUUUGAGAACCAGGUGCAGGAAAUUCGUGAAAGGGAACUGAAAGAUUUGCUCCAUUUUAGCUACCUUCACUCUGUGUCCCUCUUUAUAUUCACCUGUGCUCCAUUCCUGGUGUCAGUCGCCAGUUUUGCAGUCUUUGUUGUGGUAGAUCAAAAAAAUGUGUUAAGUGCAGAGAAAGCUUUUACAUCUAUUUCUCUGUUUAAUGUCCUUCGAUUCCCUCUGGCUAUGCUUCCAAUGCUCAUAUCGAAUAUGGUGCAGACAAGUGUAUCUUGUGGCCGACUAGAGAAAUAUUUGGGAGGGGAUGACCUGGAUACAUCAGCCAUUCAUCAUGACCCUACUGUUGAUGCUACAGUUCAGUUUUCUAAUGCUACAUUUACCUGGGAACAAGAUGGAAUCCCAGAAGUCAAAAACAUUAACUUGGAAAUUAAAGAUGGAUCUCUGGUAGCAGUUGUGGGUGGUGUUGGAUCAGGGAAAUCAUCUCUUGUGUCUGCCAUGCUGGGAGAGAUGGAUCACAUCAGUGGGCACAUCAAUAUUAAGGGUUCCAUUGCGUACGUGCCUCAGCAAGCUUGGAUACAGAAUGCCACGCUGAAGGACAACAUCUUGUUUGGAUCAGAGCUUGAUGAAGUGCAAUACCAAAAGGUUCUAGAGGCGUGCGCUCUUCUUCCUGACCUAGAAAUGCUUCCUGGUGGGGAUAAAUCUGAAAUAGGAGAAAAGGGUAUAAACCUCAGCGGCGGCCAGAAGCAGAGAGUUAGUUUAGCCAGAGCCGUGUACAGUGACGCUGACAUUUAUAUUCUAGAUGACCCCCUCUCUGCUGUUGACGCACAUGUUGGAAAACAUAUAUUUGAGAAGGUUGUGGGUCCAAAUGGAUUACUAAAAAAUAAGACCCGUAUCUUGGUAACUCAUGGGGUUAGUUUUCUGAAGCACACUGAUGAGAUUGUUGUGCUUGUUGGCGGCAGAGUUACUGAAACUGGCUCCUACAAAACCUUAUUGGCCAACAAUGGGGCAUUUGCCGAAUUUCUCAGGACAUAUGCAAAACAAGAUCACAAGGCACAGGAGGGCGGAGCCUCAGUGCUGAGUGAUGUGGCUGAGGAAGAAGAUAGUGAACCUUUGGAACCAACAGCAGAAGUUCCUGAAGAUAUUGUGACAGUAACUCUGAAACGAGAAAACAGCCUUCAUCUGAGAAAACACAGCAGUGUAAAUGGCACUUUGUCCCGAGGAAGAUCAAUAAAGGAAGGAGCAAAAGAUAAAACGGAGAACACACAGAAAGUAGCAAAAGGACAACAACUGAUUGAAAAGGAGACAGUGGAAAUAGGAAAGGUGAAAUUCUCUCUGUACAUGAAAUAUCUUCGUGCUAUGGGAUGGGGGUUUAGUUUCUGGAUAUUCGUGAGCUAUGUUCUGCAGAAUGCAGCUUUCGUAGGACAGAAUAUUUGGUUGAGUGACUGGACCAAGGAUGCAGAAACCUAUUUCAAUAUGACCUAUCCGGUAUCCCAGAGGGACUCGAGAGUUGGAAUAUUUGGAGUGUUGGGAGUAGCACAAGGAAUAUUUGUGUUCCUUGGCGCGUUUCUUGUUGCUGGAGGUGCAAUCCGAGCAUCACGACUGCUACAUAAACAGCUUCUGCGCAAUAUCUUACAUGUCCCUAUGCAUUUCUUUGAUACUACGCCAACAGGAAGAAUUGUUAACAGGUUUGCAAAGGACAUCUUUACGGUGGAUGAGACCAUCCCCAUGUCCUUCCGCAGCUGGAUCGCCUGCAUACUGGGAGUUAUCGGUACACUGUUAGUGAUUUGUCUGGCUACUCCUAUCUUUGCUGCUGUCAUCGUACCACUGGCAAUUUUCUACUACUUCAUCCAGAGAUUUUAUGUCACCACAUCUCGCCAGCUGAGACGCCUGGAUUCUGUUUCAAGAUCUCCAAUUUACUCCCAUUUUGGAGAGACCGUGUCUGGCCUGUCUGUAAUUCGCGCAUAUGGGCACCAAGAUAGAUUUCUUCAGUAUAACGAAGAAACCAUUGAUAGCAAUCAGAAAAGUGUCUAUUCCUGGAUUGUCUCUAACAGGUGGCUGGCUAUUCGCCUGGAAUUCGUAGGAAACCUGACAGUGUUCUUUGCUGCUCUAUUUGCUGUGUUGGCACGACGAUCUCUGGAUAGCGGAACUGUAGGACUGUCCAUUUCCUCAGCGUUAAAUAUAACUCAAACCCUGAACUGGUUAGUCCGGAUGACCUCUGAACUGGAGACCAACAUUGUUGCUGUGGAGCGUGUUGAUGAAUAUAUUAAAGUGGAGAAUGAGGCAUUGUGGGAAACAGACCAUCACCCUCCACAGAACUGGCCAGACAAAGGGGUUGUACAGUUCAUUGACUACAAGGUUCGCUACCGUCCUGACCUGGAUCUUGUUCUUCAUGGGAUAUCGUGCACAGUGGAAAGUAUGGAAAAGGUUGGAAUAGUUGGCAGAACUGGUGCUGGAAAGUCCUCCCUUACCAACUGUAUUUUUCGGAUCAUUGAGUCAGCGAGUGGCAAGAUCAUUAUCGAUGGGAUAGACAUAUCCACUAUUGGCCUUCAUGACCUGCGCAAAAAAUUGACCAUUAUUCCCCAGGAUCCAGUGCUGUUUUCUAGUACCUUGAGGAUGAAUUUGGAUCCAUUUAACCAGUACACAGAUGAGGAAAUCUGGAAAUCCCUUGAGCUCUCACACCUUAAAUCAUAUGUAGAAGGGCUGCAGGAAAAACUCUACUAUGAGAUUACUGAAGGAGGAGAAAACUUAAGUGUUGGUCAGCGGCAGCUCGUAUGCCUUGCCAGAGCUUUGCUACGGAAAACCAAGGUCCUAAUUCUGGAUGAAGCAACAGCAGCUGUGGACCUCGAAACUGAUAAUCUAAUCCAGAAGACCAUCCGAAGCGAAUUCUCAAACUGCACUGUUUUGACCAUUGCACAUCGACUACACACAAUCAUGGACAGCAACCGGGUAAUGGUGCUAAAUGCUGGGAAUAUCGUAGAGUUUGACAGUCCAGAAGCGCUUCUCCAGCAGCAGGGACAUUUCUCUGCGAUGACAAAGGAUGCCGGCAUUCAGAGUACUCACAGCACUAUAUUGUAGGACUGGAAGCCUCAGAAUGAUAAAGGACUUUAAAAUAGGUGGUUUACAAAAGUGUGGCCAGUACCACUUACUAUAAGCAGCAAGGGUGAUCUGGUGCUUUUACAUACAAGAAAAUAUAGGGAUGAAAUGCUGCAGGUUUUAAGACUUAAAAAGGUUUAUAAGCAGAUGAAAAAAUGUGAGAGGAAAAAACGAUUUCCGCCGGUGUUCUUAAAGGGACAUAAAAGUAUCUGUCAUACUUGAAUAUCUACAUAAAAAAAUUGAAUGGUUGAAAGUAGCAUUUGAAUAUUGAUUACCACAGAAUUAUACUAAAGUUUAUGAGAAUAAUCAUUAAGAUGAUAGAUAUUCAAAUGUUACAUUUGGUAAACGGGGAAAAAAAAAAGAUUUUGCAAAAACAAAUGUCAAAUAUUUGGUAAGUAAUCAACAUUGGUUUAUAGCAAACAAAUGUGGACAACAUUAAUUAUUUUUGACAUAUCUGUCAUAAAUCCACCCAUUUCUACCUCUGAUUAAUUCUACUGCCCUUUGAAUGAAUGCUGCAGAGGAAUGUCCAGUACUGGCUAUGGAUUUUCUGCAGACACCUUCACAGCCAAUCCAGAGCCGAUACCUAAAUAGUACAGGCAAGCAUGUAUUUGAAAGCAAUGAAAAGAGCUGGAGGCAGCAGAUGCAUUCACUCAUAGGGUUGCUAGAAGUCAGAUAUUGAACUGGACAGUACAUUAAUUCAAUGGGCUGCCCAGUAAAAUCUAUACAAAAAUUCAGGACACUUAAAUGUCCAGUCUUUUAGGUCCCCAAGCUGUAGCUAAAUGAAGUGCUAUAUAUAUAUAUAUAUAUAUAUAUAUAUAUAUAUAUAUAUAUAUAUAUAUAUAUAUAUAUAUAUAUAUAGUACAGGUGCUGAGAGGUUAAAUUACUGCUUCUCCUGGUGCACAUGGGGUCACUGCUCUGUGUGUUGCUGGUACAAAGGCAGGUAAAACAAUGACUGUUGUAUUACUGGCACUUCUUCAUGUCUUUGAGUACUUCGCUCUGUUACUGGCAGCCAAGGAUGAUUAAAAAAAAUCACUGCCUUGUGUGCAACUGGAGGAUAAAAUCACGGCCCUGUGUAUAUUAUUGCCACACAAUGUGUUAAGGGUAUCAGAGUAUAAAAUCAGUUGGGUAGAAAAAUUAUAAGAUGAUGCUUUAAAUGAGUUUGGGGUAGGGCCUAGGUUAGCAUUUUGGGCCAUUGCUUGACCCCACCUACCUGUAUUACCAGGUCACCUGCUGAUUUUCCAGUAUUUUUAUGAAGGACGUGUGUAUCUAUUCCAUGCUUCACAAUAGGUCUUAAAAAGAGUGCUUAUGCAUAAUAGAUACUUCUAUAUACAUUUGAACUAAUUUUGAUACCUACAAAAUAGCUUGAAAUGUAGGUAUUUGCUUUUGGAGUAUUCAAAUACAGAUCUCUGUGUGUUUCACCUUCAAAAGAAUAAAAUCUGUCUCCGAAAAUUGCUGAAUGCGGCUUGUAGUCUUCGGAUCAGCCCAAAUACUCCAAAUGCACGUCUCUAUUGAAAAGUAUAAGAUGCCAUCAAACGUAUGACCAAAUGCCAGCCAUUUUUUUUUAUGUAGUUGGGGCUGAUAUAUCCCUUCAUAGUUAUGUUUUUAGGUUCAUAUUUUUGAUAGUUAUUUGAAAGCUCUAUUCAGGAAGAAUAUUUAAUUUAUUUAUCCAGUUUUGUUCAUGAAUAUAUGUUCUUUGUGUGAACAAAAUGUAAUUUCUACACUACAAAUAAAACGGAUUUUUAUUGGAA